UACGUUUUGUUUUUGCAGAGUGUGUGAGAGAAUAAGAGACCUGUUUCAAUAAGUCAAAGAAGAGGAACUGUCCUUUCUCACAGUUGGCUUAUCGCUGACAUUUGGAUACUUAUUCACGAGCCGUCCCUCUUCGGACAUUUCAGUAACUUUAUUCCAUUCUUUAAGCUUUCUAACUGAUCCAUAUUAUUUUGAAGCUAUGUCUCAGAAGCUGCCACCUGACAGUGCUCAGAAAGGCUUUGCUGUAGGCCGUGGGCUCUUGGCUGCUGCUGAGACUUUAAACUUUAGCAUGGGGGAAUCUCGUUCCGAUUCCUAUGGUUCCUCAUCCCAACAGCACAAUAGAAUGAUGGGCUACAGUGACAGGAAUGCCCAGGAUCGCACUACAAAGCUGCCCUCUCAUGUGGGCAAUUCCCUCAGCAGUACAAUGAAGCUUUUUACUAGCCUUGGUCUUUCACCCCAUGACCUGGACACACUGGCCCAAAUCCCUGAGGAGAAAAUCAGCAUGGAGACGCUACCCGAUCUUAUUAAGCAACUUAAGAAUCGAAAGACUGAGGCCAGUAGGCAUCUGACUGGUGACCAGUUUUCACAGUCAUUUACCCCAGACUCCUUGUUCAGGGUAGGCCGAGAUGACUGGGGAGAUGCGCAGGGAGGAAGACUGGAUCGUUCUGUGGCUUCCGCUAGUCAGAACCGCACUUCGCAGGGUGAUUAUGGCUAUCGUUCCUCUCAAGAUCUCUCCUCACGCAACUACGAUAUGCUUGAUUAUGGCAGCAGCAGAGACCGCCAGUUUUCUGAACUUUCCUCCGAUAACUAUCGCAGUAUGGGCAUGUCUUCAUCUUCAACAUCUGAUGAUCUGUUCAUGCAACGACGGAUAGGGGCUCCAUCUCAGAGCAAAGUUGAGGAUUUCAUGGGUAUCAUGCCGCGCAUGUUUCCCCAUGUGUGCUCCCUUUGUGACUUUGAUGUGCAUUCUAUCAUGGAAUGGACACAGCAUACAACUGGGAUGCGGCAUGCAGAAAGCCGGAGGGUCCUUCUGCAGUUGUAUCCAGAUUGGGAUCCCCAAAUACCCACUGGACGAAUGUCAGACUCCCUCUCUCUGAAUUCAAGAAAUCAAUCAGAUGGGUUACUAGGUGCUGCUCCAUCAGGUGUCUCAAGGCAGAGAGUGGACUUAAGUUCAAAUUGGGGAUCUGAUUCAGGCAUGAGUAUGACGAGUAAAAUGUCAUCAUAUUCACCAAAGGUCAAAAGCAAGGUGGUGGUGAUGAAAUAUGUGGACAAGCCAACGUUGAGUGCCGUGUUUAGUUUGGCUAAUCGAUUUGGCACUGUUAAUCAAAAUAUCAUUCUCAAGAGUAAGGGUUUUCUAGAGUUUCAGACUCAUGAGCAAGCUAUUGCAAUGGUUAAUCACUUCAAGAAAAAGCCUGCCAUUUUAAAUGGCAAACAAAUAACGAUUUAUUUAUCCCAGGAUCUGGUGGUGAUUAAUAAGAGUAAACGAACAGAUCAGGACAGGAGAGAUACUGGCCCAGUGGUGUUUUUUUCCAAUUUACCAAGAGAAAAUGAGAAAAAAAUGGAGCUGCUUACUGUAGCUGGUAGAUUUGGUACGGUCGUGAAACAUCUUUUCUUGAGUGAUAAGGCAUUUGUGCAAAUGAGCAACCCAAAGGAUGCCGAGAUGAUGGUGAAGUACUACACUGUUCAUCCACUGACCAUUAGCCAUAGGAGCAUCUACAUAAACAUCUGCAACAAGUACAAGAAUUUAACUGUUGUACCUGACAAAGAACAGCGAGGUAAAGAAGACCGAGGUGAAGGCAGCCAGAGGAGCAGCAGAACUAGUUCCAAACCCUUAUCCAGAAAUCAGACAUCUACCCGCUCCAAAUCCAAAGACAGCCCAGGUGAAAAGACACAGGAAUCCAAGCCCAAGGAGAAAGUAGUGGCAAAGGCAGGACCCAGUGAUCAAAAGGAUGCUGCAGCGGCUCAAGAUGAAGGCGAAGAGGCCAUUGGUAAAAAGGACGAGACCGCAGAGGAAUCUGUGACUGUUCAGCCAGAGCAACAGGACUCUGAGGAGUUCAAGGAUUCUGGGAUGGAACAAACAGAAUAUAGCACAAAGGUAGAGGAUGCAGAGAUGCCGCAUGGGGAAGAACAAGAGCCUCAGACAGAGGAACCAGCUGAGCAAGUUCAGGGAAAUGAAGAGGAAGAGAGCAAGAAGCUAAAAGAGGCAGAUGAGCAGGAGGGCAUGGAGCAGGACGAGGCUGCUCCAGAGGAGUCUGCUGAACUGGAGGAAUAUGAAGAGGGUGAUUUCCCUGAAAACAUGGACGAGUUUGUGACCCUAGAUGAGCUGGCAGAGGAAGAAGAAGCUGAAUACCAUGACUCAAAAUCUAGAAGAAGAAGCUCUUCAGGUAGAUCAAGGGACUCUGGGGGCAUGAGAGUCGUAAACAUAAAUGGAUUUAAGCGCAGCUAUGGUUACAUGGAAGAGAUUUUGGCUCUUGCCAAACCUUUUGGAAAAGUGGUGCAACACCUGAUCCUCCAUUCCAGACCUGAGGCCUUUUUGGAACUUGAAAGUGAAGAAGAAGCCAAAGCAAUGGUUCGAUUCUACAGUGGAAAUGUCAUCCCAUCUGUGUGUGGAAAAGAAGUACAAAUUUUUCAUUCGAUAACCUACGCUACCAUUCAGAGUGGCAAAGUCGUCUAUAUUGGACACGUUCCACCUAUUAAAGCUGGGUCAGAGGCAUCCCUUGUAAAGAUCGCUGAACCUUACGGAAUAAUCAAAAGAUACUAUAUGAACCGGGCACGCAACGAGUGUUUCAUUGAGAUGGAGAGGGGAGAGGAUGCAGAAAGAUUUGCAAAGGCUGCAAAGUUAAAUCCGCCCAGAUUUGAAGGCAAACGGCUGUUGGUGUAUAUCAGCAGGAAAUACAAACAACUCAAGCAUGGAAUCAGACCUCCAACCCCAGACAAACGACCGGCCAAGAGGGAGCACUCUGACGAGGAGCAUGAAAACCAAACCAGCUCCCCAGCAAAAACUAGUAAAAAGACUAAGGAGCCCCCUGCCAAAAAAGUCAAAGUGGAGAAAUCUGGUAAAGAGAGAGCUCCAAGUGUACCAAAAGAGGAGAACCUGGAAGAGAAGGAGGAACAAACAGAACUUGAUAAGAGUGUGUCUGAGGAGAAUCAGGAGAGUACAGAGCAACCUGGCAGAGACCCAACUGAAGCUGAUGGCACAGAGAUUAAACCGAAAGGUAAAUCUGAUGAUCCGGUUCAUGUGUCUUCUGCUGCUGAAUCUGAGAAGAGCCAAGAGAUGAGUGAAUCGGCCACUGUUUCUGCAGAGAAUGUGAAAAAGCCUGAAACUAUAGAUACACUAGGCCCAUAUGAGCCAGACGUCCCAGUGGGUGUGGAGUUUGUGAAGAUGGGUUACUAUUGCAGGGUUUGCUUUCUAUUUUACUCCAAUGAAGACACUGCUAAGAGGGUUCACUGUAGCAGCCAAGCCCACUACGACAAACUUAAGAAACAUCUGGAAAAGGAGAAGUCUAAAGCACAGCACAGUGGUGAGAAGAAAUGAGCUAUGAAGAAGCAUUGUAACUGACAUAAACCUUAUGUUUUUUACGUUCUCCUUGUGUACGAUUCAUUUUAGUGUGGUUAAUGGAUUGAUUUCAUUAUUUACCAGUUUGUUUUUUUAUUCUGAUGAAACCAUAUGUCCAGGUAAAAUCUUUCCUCAUGUUUUGUCCGAUUACGGUCAGUUAUGGGGUAUUCAAACUAUAAGUUCUUUGUGAUUUCUCUUCUAUGUUUGACCUUUUACCAUUUAUGUUCCUGUUACUCAGUUCCUUCAAAUAUUUAAUCACACUGUAGAAGAGCAAAUGCAAUGUCAUUCGGUCUAUUAAAAGAUUUGUGUUAGCUGAAACACAAGGACAAAAGUAUGUAUACACCCAAACAAUAAAUGCAUUUUGUUAAUUAAG